ACAACUGGAGCUAAAAAGACAAUCUUGGUCUCUGUAUAGCUUGGGAUAGGUUUCAAUUCCAUGCUAGCCUGCACAACUUGGUUUUAAGAGCUGAAGCUCACUGGAACUCAGUUCUGGCACCUCUCAGGUGGGUGCCCUUGUUAUUCUAAGAGAGCAAGGGAGAAGUUCAUGUAAGCUGGGGCUUUGGUGCUGGAAGCCGUACUGCCUGGUUCAUAUUCAACCUUUUGGAAAAUCUAUGUUGCGAUCGACACAGAGAUAUGACACUGGGAAACUUCCGGUAUAUGAGAUUGCCAGAGAAGAGAUUGGUCAAUUGGAAGCUACAACUGUGUGUAAUCUCAAGAACAUCUCAAUAUAAUGGAGUGAACUGAAGAAGAAGGAAAAACAAUUCUGUCCCCAGAGUUGAUAGGAAAAGGCAAUUCCAUAGGUGAAAAUGGCUCUGUCAGUAGACUCUGCUUGGUAUCGCUGGCGGUCUCGGUGGUCCGUAGAAGAGGUCUCCCAGACUCAGUUGGAAUCAGCACCUCUGUUGUCAGCUGACAAAGAGAGGCAGAAAUAUGUCUUAGACAAAUGGAGAGUUGUAUUUCCCAGUAAUGAGAGAUUUCAGAAAGAAUCAGAGAAAGUCUGUCAUGUUUAUUCUGGAAAUGGGAUACGGACCACCAAGUACACUUUGCUGACUUUUAUACCUCAAAAUCUCUUCGAGCAGUUUCACAGGCUGGCCAAUGUCUAUUUCCUGUUCUUGGUGAUCAUCAACUGGUUCCCACAGCUAGAAGUCUUCCACAGGGAGAUCACAAUGCUACCUUUGGUUGCUGUACUUUUAGUUAUCGCAAUUAAAGAUGGUGCUGAAGAUUUUAAGAGAUACAGGUUUGAUCAGCAAAUCAAUUCUUCCAAGACUAAAGCAUACAAUAGGAAGAAAAAAGCCUACAUUGAGACGUGCUGGGAAGAGGUACGAGUGGGAGACUUUGUGCAGCUGCAAUGUAAUGAGACCGUCCCUGCGGACAUCCUGCUGCUCCACACCUCUGAUCAGAAGGGGAUCUGUCACGUAGAGACAUCAAAUCUUGAUGGCGAGACAAACCUUAAGCAAAGACAAGUUGUGAAAGGAUUCUUUAAUCAGAACGCUGAAUUUGAACCAGAACUUUUCCAAAGCACAAUUGUUUGCGAAAAACCCAACAACCAUCUCAAUCGAUUUAAAGGCUAUGUGGAGCAGCCUGACCUCACACGAAUUGGUUUUAACAAUGAAAGUCUCCUUCUUCGUGGAUGCACAGUGAGGAACACAGAGGUUACAAUAGGAAUUGUUGUCUAUGCAGGCCCUGAAACAAAAGCCAUGUUAAACAACAGAGGUCCUCGUUAUAAACGCAGCAAAAUAGAACAACGUCUGAAUAUUGAUAUAUUCUUUUGCGUGGGGCUGCUCUUCAUCAUGUGUCUCACUGGAGCACUAGGUCAUGGAAUUUGGAAUGGGCACUUCUUAGAAUACCCCUUGUUUGUCAUUCCCGAUAUAAAUGGCAGCUAUCUCGCUCCAGCUCUUGCGGGUUUCUACAUGUUCCUGACAAUGAUAAUCCUCUUACAGAUUUUGAUCCCCAUUUCCCUCUAUGUAUCCAUUGAACUAGUCAAGCUAGGUCAAGUCUUCUUGAUUCAUAAUGAUAUCGACCUGUACAAUGAUGAGCUAGACUUACCCAUACGGUGUCGAGCACUAAAUAUCACUGAAGACCUGGGGCAAAUCCAGUACAUAUUCUCUGACAAAACAGGGACCCUGACAGAAAAUAAGAUGGUGUUUCGACGUUGUACAAUUGAUGGGAGAGAAUUCUCACAUCAGGAAAAUGCCAAGAGACUAGAAACGUACAAGGAGUUGGAUUCAGAUGCUGAAGACUGGGCGAAACAUUUGAGUCUACCUCCAAACAAUGGUGGAGAAAUUCUCAGGCGGAACAGCACUGCUAAGCCCUUGAGGAGGUGGCAGAGUGCUCGGGCUCGGUUUCAGGGACACACAAGGCAGAGAUCUCUGGGUGGCAUCUCUCAGUCUCAAGUGGCAUUUAGCAGUACCAUUGAGAAGGACGUGACCCCAGAUAACAGGCUGCUGAUGAAAGUGAGAAAUGCAUCGUGCCAGAUUGAACCUUUGACACCAUUUAUGUUUGCAAAGACCACCUCCUCCAUCACAGACUUUUUUCUUGCUCUGACCCUCUGCAACACUGUUGUGGUCUCCACAGCAACCGAUCCAAGACAAAGGGUUACCAUUCCGUCACCAAUGAAACCAUCAGCACUAUCCCUGGAGAAAAUUCACCAGCUGUUCCAGCGUCUAAAGCUGGCAAGCCUCAGCCAGUCUCUUUCAUCAGCUCAGUCAAAUUCAGACUUAGGAGAGAGUUUGACUACAGAAACCACCAGAGUCUGUGCUGACUCCGAAACAAAAGAUUAUUUUUCUUCUCAAAGCUGUUCCACUUUAGCAGAUGAUUACAGUUUUAGAAGAGAUUCAAUCACUGAGAAAGACACCUUUGGGGACAGCGAUCCCACUCCAGCAGAGAUCUGUGGGGCAGCUUACCAGGGAGCUUCCCAAAUAGAGUUUUGUUAUGAGGCUGAAAGCCCAGAUGAAGCUGCCCUUGUCCAUGCAGCCCGGGCUUACCAGUUUACAUUAGUGUCCAGGACUGCUGAACAAGUGACUGUGAGGCUGCCAGAGGGUACCCUCCUGACCUUUGACCUCUUGUUCACUUUGGGAUUUGACUCCAACAGAAAAAGAAUGUCGGUGGUGGUGAGGCAUCCCCAUACUGGCGAGAUAAUUGUCUACACCAAAGGGGCUGACUCUGUCAUAAUGGACUUAUUGGAAGAACCUUCCAGAGCUAACCUAGCCAUGGAAAAGAAAAUAAGAAAAGUCAGAGAUCAAACACAAAAACAUUUAGAUUUCUAUGCACGAGAUGGCCUGAGAACUCUAUGCAUAGCUAAGAAGGUCCUGAGUGAAGAUGACUUUCAGAUAUGGGCCAACUUUCGUCGUGAGGCAGAAACAGCUAUUGACAACAGAGAUGAGCUACUCAUGCAGACUGCGCAACAUCUGGAGACGAAACUCACAUUACUAGGAGCAACUGGUAUUGAAGAUCGGCUGCAAGAUGGAGUGCCUGAUACCAUUGCUGCUUUCAGAGAGGCAGGGAUCCAGACUUGGGUGCUGACUGGAGAUAAGCAGGAAACAGCAGUUAACAUUGCAUAUUCUUGCAAACUUCUGGACCAAAGAGACACAGUCUUUACCAUUAAUACUGAAAGUAAGGAAACCUGUGAAUCACUGUUGGAUAUUACAUUGGAAGAAGUGAAGAAGGCACAAAGCAUUCAAGGGAUAUCUUGGACUGUUUUUGGCAUCAAGCUGCCAUUUUCUAUGUCCACCACUGUGCCUGCAGAUCCUGCAAUUGGUCUGGUGGUUGAUGGAAGAACUCUGAAUACCAUUUUCCAGGGACAACUUGAGCAUAAGUUUCUGGAACUAACCAAGUACAGCCGUUCAGUUUUAUGCUGCCGGUGUACCCCCUUGCAGAAGAGCAUGGUGGUCAAACUUGUACGGGGUCAGCUGAAAGUUAUGACAUUGGCAAUAGGUGAUGGUGCCAAUGAUGUAAGUAUGAUUCAGGCAGCUAAUGUUGGAAUCGGUAUUUCAGGACAAGAAGGGAUGCAGGCUGUCAUGGCCAGUGAUUUUGCCAUAUCUCAAUUCAAGCACUUGAAGAAGUUGCUUCUAGUUCAUGGGCAUUGGUGCUAUUCCCGCUUAGGCAAGCUGGUGAUAUACUUUUUCUAUAAAAAUGUGACCUACGUCAACCUGCUGUUCUGGUACCAGUUCUUCUGUGCAUUCUCUGGGGCCGCCAUGAUAGACUACUGGCAAAUGAUCUUCUUCAACUUGUUUUUCACUUCUGUGCCACCAAUACUUUCCGGAGUCCUGGAUAAAGAUGUUUCUGCAGGAACUCUGCUGAGCUUGCCUAGUCUUUAUAAGAGCGGACAAAACUCAGAGGUUUACAAGCCUCUGACGUUCUGGGUUGCCAUUUUGGAAUCUUUUUAUCAGAGCCUUAUCUGCUUCUUUGUCCCUUAUCUAGCAUAUCUUGAUUCCGAUAUUGACAUUUUCCGCUUUGGAACAACAAUCAAUACAGUCGCUCUCCUUACUAUUCUGUUUCACCAAGCUUUAGAAAUUCAAACAUGGACUCUGUCCCAUGGAAUUACAAUCACUGUGAGCAUUCUUCUGUACUUCAUUUUCUCAACCAUCUACAACGCCACAUGUGUCGUCUGCAACCCUCCCACCAAUCCCUACUGGAUUAUGGAGUUUGAGAUGUCGCAGGGGAGCUUUUAUUUCAUAUGCAUCAUUACUCCAGUCAUAGCACUUCUUCCAAGGUAUCUUAUCUUGGCUCUUCAGGGAACUUUUGAGGUAUCGCCCAUUGUGAAAGCACAACACUUGGAUAAGCUCCCUAAAGAACAACAGGACUGGGAAAUAAAGAAAUGGAAAUUGAGGGAACAAGGCCAAGGUGUCUGCAAUGAGGGGCCUGAAGGACCCAUUGCAAACAUGGGUGUGUGUUCACCUGACAUUGCAGCAGAGCACACGUUUCAAGGUCUCUGUCCUCCAGAACAAGAAGCCCUCAGGAACCAGGCGUCGAACAGAGGAGACAAUGACUACACCAAAUGGUGGGGUGGGGAAGAGGAUGUGGCUGCAAAGCCCUUUUCUGGCCUCCUGACCAAUGGCGCUGAAAAUUCCAGUCAAAGGAGCCACCGGCGGUCUGUGAGUGCAGUGACUCUAUGA